UUUCCGGAUAGGUGUCGGGAAGAUACCGGAAAACAAAUAUCAGUGUCAAUGUUUGGUUCAGCACCCUGCAUACUGGAUAUAAGACACGAAUUUCAUUCAAUCUCAGUAGGAGGAGGGCUGUUUAUUGUAGGCGUGGCAAGGGGAGUGGCCGACCUUCAURCUGAGAGGUCACGGAGGAGGAGCCCCAUGGAUGAGGGUCAGUGUGAGAGGGCGGGACCAGUGGUGUCAGAGGGUCAGGAGGGCGGGGUCGACCUCCACUACAACCAAUCAGACCCAUCGGAACCAAUUCAGGUCUCCGCCCACCAAAACCAGAACUUGACACAGACUCAACUAGAUGAUGGUCAAAGGGUUGGAUGUGACUCCAUCGAACAAGACUCUUUAAACGGCAAUAGGGAUGAAGAGGAGGAGGAAGAUGAUGAUGUGAUAGUGGAAGAAGAGAAGGACAGCGUGACAGCAUCCGACACUCCUAUGACUGACUCCUCCUUCUCAGACACAGGCAGUUUGGUAGAGCUCCACCCCUCUGUGUCUCCAGAGACUACAUGUCCCAUCAGCCCCGUAGCAGGUAGUCCAGACGAACCCUCCUACAGUAACCCUGAAGGGAAGACGCACACCUCCACCACAGAACCUACCACCUCCACCACAGAACCUACCACCUCCACCACAGAACCAACCACCUCCAUCACAGAGCCUACAGGACCCACCUCCACCACAGAACCUACCACCUCCAUCACAGAGCCUAGCACUACCCUCCUAGCCUCCCUACAGGAGCUAGGGGAACAUAAAGAUCACUCCCACCUUCCUCAGUCCCUCCAUCAGAUAGCUGAGGCCUUUGUCCUCCAGGAAGAUUAUGAGCGAGCAGUGUGCUGUGUUCAGCUGGAGAGACUCUACCACCAGAGACGACUACACAACCUGACAACACUGCAGGAACAGUGGGAGAGGAGGUGUAGGUCAGACGGUCAGGGAGAGAGGAACAGUAACACCAACCUGGCUGCACAGCAACUGGACAGACUCGCAUACAUCUGCAAAACACACCAACGACCCAGUCCUGGAACAGAGAAGUGUGAGGCUGUGGACUCUGUCUCUGUGCGUGUUGAAGAUAAAUGUCCUUCACGCAGCUCAGUUGGGUGUGCAUCAGCGAUGGAGGAGGACCAUAGAGUAACAGACUCCACCCUCUCCCAGAGCAUCUACCCAAUCAAAUCAGCUGCAGCCCUGAUGAACAGCCUUUGCUUUAAUGACUUUGCAGCUCUGGACGUGGCACAGAACAGCAGAGACUCCAAGAGGAUUGAGGGUUUCCAUAGAGACCGUCUUAUUGACGGCUCCCUUGCCAAAGGGGAGGAAAGGGAGGGCAGGGCUGAGUUCACAGGCGCUCAGAGCGAAGGAACAGGACAGCAGACGGAGAGAGAGAUGGAACACACCACUCAGGAGGGAUACGCUGGGCCUGACCCUCCUACGGAUGGGGAAAUUAGCCGAUCCAAGCCUGAGGAGCGGCUGGGAGGAGAGGAAGAACAGGAGGAGGUGGAAGAAGCAGAGGAGGAGAAGGAUAGUGACGUGUGUUUUAAAGCUCUAGAGGAGAUCUCAGUCUUGGCAGUGAAGGAGCAGCUCACACUGGAGGAGGUGCAGCAGGAGGAGAACCAGAUUGAGGAGCUGUGCGAGGAGUAUGUUCAGGAAGAAGACGUGUUUGUUGUGGAGAUUAUCAGAGAUGGAGCUGCGUCUCUCGACGGCCUGGCCAAACUCAUCACAGUGGAGAUGACCCCUGCCCCUAGCCUGGUGUCCAUCCUGAAGAAGAGGAGGGGGAGUGUGUGUGUGGAGAAUGUGUGUGUUGCUCCCUCCUCGGCCCMGCACAAACACCCUGCUAAGCGCAGGGUCCGCUUCAAAGUACCUGAUGACGGCUUUGACCAGGACCAGGUGGGAGGAGACUCGUGCCUGCUCCUCUUCCUGCUCUGCCUGGUCACCGUGGUGAUCAGCCUGGGAGGCACUGCCGUCUACUGUGCUCUGGGCAACGCCCACUCCACCGUCUGCACYGACUUUUCUCGGAACGCGGACUUCUACCUCGCACAGCUGCAUCGUGGAAUGAAUCAGCUCCGACACUGGCUGACCCCUGGGUUUUAGCUGACCCCCAAGGAGGAGAGAAGAAGGGAGAAGGAGAGGAACGAGAAUCCCUUGUUUUGCAAGGUGGAUACUCUCCUUUCUCCAACUUGGACAGGAUUUCUCUCCAUGUCCUCCCGUUUUCCUAUCUCUCUCUCCGUCUUCACUGGCUGGCCAGUUAAUGUGUGUGAUGGGAGAGCKAGUGAUGGAAGGUGUAUGUGGUACWAGUAGCCUGCAACCACACUAACAGCAGCCUAAGACAUCUGCAGCGCUGCCUAGUAGGACUAGUAGGACUGACAUAGGACCUGUAAUAUACUGGACUACCUAUAGAUUUGAACUAUACACUACUGGACAUAGACCGACUCUGUUUCAGCCCAGAGGAAGGGAUAGACUAGGCUAGACUCAUUACCACUUACCUUGGAUCCGCUCACUACCAUAUGCAGACGUCUGGAUCCUUCAGGCAUGGACAAGACCGCUCACAUGCGCAAACAAGAAGCGGCCGGUCAGCCUUUUUAAGAAACCGCUGCCGCUCUUUGUUUAUGGACUCCAUUUUGAAUCUCAACURCACUUCGAAUGUGAACAAUUCUGCUGUGGUCAGAAACAUUAAAUAAUGUCUUAAAAAUAUUAUAUUAAUGAAAGUUUUGUUUUAAUGAAACAGAUUUGACUUUUCUUUAUGUUCCUCACUGUUGAAGAUUCUUACGGAGUAUGUCAGGGUGUUUCUUUGKGCUGAAGUUAGAAGUUGCCCCUAACCACAGAUCUGAGAUCAAAUCUUAAYCUUAUCCUCAACCAAAAGGGGGAGGAAAUGUCUGACUCUGUAUCAGUAGUAAGGGCCAACUUCUACAACUUSUGUUUGAGGGUGUCUGGGAWUAUUGGGUUGUUUUGGGGUACAGAUUGUAGCGUUGGCCCUUGAUGGCCCUCAAUGACCAUAUAUGCAACAUGGACAAGAAAGCAAUACGUCUGUAAUCGUGUUCAAGAAUGUUUAGCGCCCUAAGGGUCAGGUCGGUACUAGAAGARGAAUAUCUGUUCAGCUGAGAAUUGUCUUUGCUCAGGCAUGUGUAUAUUUAUCUUUAUUGUAAAAUAAUUAUGGGCAUGAUCAGUAUUACACCGAGUGCAUUACCUCCUGCGAUCAAUGGACUUGAUUGAUUUUUACUUAUUAUAAUUUUUGUGCUCAUUAUUUCUUUUAUUUCAGGCUUUUUAUUAGUCUAUUUAAUCUGUGAUCUAUUUUAUUGUUUGUGUCAGUCGGCGGUAUGUUUUAGUUUCGUCUGGAGUUCAGUAGACGUGUCACAGUGGCUCCUAUGAUAAUGUAAUGAUGAUGUAGUAGGCUGGGCAGUGACUCUUAUGGUGCAUCCCAACAGUCUAAAGUGUUUUCCUCUUCUUGUCUCCUCUCUUUCAUCUCCUCUUAUCUGAAAACACAAGACAGGUGAAACCAACAGCAAAAUAUCACCCUAUUCAGAACUGUUUUCAAAUGGACAAUAUAGAUAUGCAAUAUGCUUUCGUCUUUCAAGGUUCUUUCAGAGGGGGGAAGGAGAAGAGAUGAGGAGAGGAAGCCACAGUAGAGUAUUGAGAUGCAGCCUUGGUUUUAAAAUGAUUUUCACGUGUCUGGCUGGUCCAGAUGACUCUGUCUUACUGUUUGGAUCUGAAGUAUUUAUAUCAUAUCUGCACAACGUGGGGGGAGAGAAAAAAAAUGACCAAAGCAUGUGCUUUUCUGUUGUUUUUCUCGUUUUGGCUUGAUGUGGUUAUYGUUGGUUGUUAUUUUCCCUUGUUUUGUUCUUGAAGACUAUGUUUUGAAAAAGAGGAGUCUCUUUCCAAGACUCACCAGUUAAAGAAUGCCAGUUGGAAAAGUCAGAACAGAAGCGGGACAGAACAUUUUGUCUCCGUUUUCAACUUUUGAUCUGUGUAUGAUGACAUGUGAAGACGAUUAGCUAAUGUUUGUCAUUGUGGCUAAUGCUGCAUUCAGAACCAAGUGGGAAGGUGGAAAUUACCAGUGGUGARUUUGUAAUUGCGAGUUUGAUGCAUUCACUUGCUUUGAACUUGUUGAGAAACGCUGAUUGGCUUAAGGCAAACAAGCUGGGACAAACAAACUAAAAGUACAGCUAUCAUGCUURUAAACAAAUUAGAGUUCAAAAAUCAUAUUAAUACAUUGCUUUUUACAAAUAAUGUUUUGUUGCAUUUAACUACCGAAAAUGCUGUUAUCGAGAUAAUUUCCUUASUAGGUGACGUUGGAGUUGAGCAUGUGGGAGAAGUCGGCGCUCAGGGAUGAUAGUUUCUCACUAGUAAUUACAGGUUGGAGGGUCCGGUCGUAUAUGGUAAGCAUUUUGCUACACCCGCAAUAACAUCUGCUAAAUAUGUGUAUGUGACCAAUACAAUUGGAUUUGAUUUGAAUACCAUCUUCCCACUUAGUUAUGAACGCAGCAUCAAAUCUUUCUUUACAGUCUGUGAAGAAAACAAUGGGCAAGUUUGUUUUGCAUGGCCUGGUACCCCGGAUGGGUGGAGUUUGUUCAUUUGAACCAUUCCAUUGGCACUAAGAGAAAUCUCCAGCCACCUGGGGCACUGGGCAAUGCAAAACGAAACUCAUCCAUUGGUCAAGUUUGUUUUGUAUGGCCUUGUGCCCCGGGUGGGUGGUGUUUUCUCAUUUUAAACCAUUCCAUUGGUCCUUAAGUGAAAUCUCUAUCUACCCAGUGCACCGGGCUUUGCAAAACGAAUCACCAUUGAGAGGGAUGACUGUGGUGAGUACCUUUUAAACACCUGUUUCUCUCUGUUGAUUGGUUAAUAAACCUCACUGUGGGGACUGAUCUGACACAAUUGUA